UGGAUGGUUUGAUGGUGAAAUUGGCAAUUUUCGUUUUUUUAACUGGCGUCUAUCUGCUGAGGAGGUGGCGAAAAAUUGUUUGAUAGGAUACAUUCAGACUAUUACACAUGAGUUCCAUGAGAUUAUUUCAGAACCCAUUAUGUCAGAAGGAAAAACAGUGCAACAUUCUGAGUUACCCGAGGUGGACGAUGAAUUGUCGGUGUCACUCCGAAUGAGACUUAAGAGUCAUCACUCUGGUUGGGCCACUAUUUUUCGUAAAGGUGCAAGUGGCGAGGAAGGAGGACUUAUGCGUACACCUGGACUCUUCCUACAUGCAAACAAUUCCAAAUUACAUCCCCGCUUUACAGGAAACUGGGAGGAUAAUGCAGGAAUUCAUGCAGUUGAGGACGGACUUCUGUUAAAUAAAUGGUAUCAUAUAACUUACACACUUUCCGAUCGUGAAAAAAGAAUGGAUAUCUACAUAAAUGGUGUAUGGACUGCAUUCUAUGCCAUCAAAAAUGUUCAAAUGCAUAAAGUUAAAUUUAAUGAUGCACCAUUGCAUAUUGGAUGGCUUAAUGGUGAAAUUGGUAAUUUUCGUUAUUUUAACUGGCGUCUAUCUGCCGAGGAGGUGACGAAAAAUUAUUUGAAUCAUCGACCCUUCUAUUAAGGACCAAAAAGGAUGGGAUAAGUAGUAGGAUAUCAUAAUAUAUGGCCGACACUUUUAUGUUCUCUUAGUAAUACAAAUAAUAAAGUAUAUGUUGCCUUUCGAACUUUUAUUUCGAAAAAUUACAAAAUAACAUGU